AUGAAUCAAAUUAAUCCAGAUUAGAUCUUAACAUCAGAAGAGAUCAAAUCAGCAAAGGAUGCCUUUGAAGAAUAUGAUAAAAUUGGUUAUGGUAUAUUGGAAGUUGAAGAAUUAUAAAAAAUACUUGAAGAAUUUGGACAUAUUAUAAGUAAGAAUGAUAAUAAUAUUAAUUUAGAUUAUUAAAUCAGAUUUUAAGAUGACAAUUAAUAUUGA